GACUCACUGUAAUCUGUACCGAGGGGCUUUCCUGUGUUGCUGGUAUUGAGCGAGCCGAGAAGUAGAUGAGGUCCUUACCCAGACUCUCUCUACCCUCAUGCUACUGAACAACCCAGUCAGACGAGCACACACCCAUGCCGGCCGGCUGUAAUGGACCCCCUUCCUCCGCGGCCAAGAUAUACUACCAGCCUCACUCCCCGAGAUCCCACCUGGAAGUUACAUGCCCAGCUCCCUUCAACCAUCCGCCAUGGCAUUCCUGCUCUUGGCAGCCUUGGCCACUCUCACACGCCCGGCCCACGCUCACGGCGGACUGGCUAACUACACCGUAGGCAACACAUGGUACAGAGGCUACGACCCGUCGACGCCACCCGCAGACCAGCUCGGCCAAGCCUGGAUGAUCCAGCGUUCCUGGGCGUCCAUCGACCCCAUCUUCAGCGUCGACGACAAGUACCUGGCCUGCAACAACCCGGGCACGGCGCCGCCGUCCUACAUCCCCAUCCGCGCCGGCGAGACCAUCACGGCCGUGUACUGGUACUGGCUGCACGCCCUGGGGCCCAUGACAGCCUGGCUCGCGCGGUGUGGUGGUGAUGGUGGCGAUGACGACGACGAGACAGACUGCCGCGACGUGGAUGUCAAUCGAGUGCAGUGGUUCAAGAUCUGGGAGGCCGGCCUGCUGGAGGGGCCCAACCUGUCCGAGGGCCUGUGGUACCAGAAGAAGUUCCAGAACUGGGAUGGCCGUCCGGACCUGUGGCCCGUCACCAUCCCUGAGGGCCUGAAGGCCGGGCUGUACAUGAUCCGGCACGAGAUCUUAUCGCUUCAUGUCGAGAAUAAGCCGCAGUUCUAUCCCGAGUGUGCGCAUCUCAAUGUCACCGGGGCCGGGGACCUGUUGCCGCCGGAGGAGUUUCUGGUUAGGUUCCCCGGGGCGUAUGAUAAGGAUGAUCCGUCUAUCAACAUCGAUGUGUACGCGGGGCCGACGGCGAAUUCGACGAAUUAUACGAUACCGGGAGGGCCGAUAUGGGAUGGAUUUGGCAUGUCGGGACAAGUAGUGUCUUGAAUGAUAGCAGAACCAGCUGCCCAUCUUAUACUAGUCGUGACUACUAAUCCAUCCUGAGCCGCAAAA